UGUGGUUACUCAGCGACCUCCUACGGCUACAGAUUGAACUGCUGAUGCGAACCUCCAUGACCCGGAAGCAACAACUUCACAGGCGAACCUAAGCCGACAGCAUGGCGGAAUACACAGAUACACGUGAAAUAAACCACGAAGGAGGUGCCGGAGAAGAGGUGCCUGAUCUGUCAGACAGUGAAGAUGAUGAGCAGUGGGAAUGGAUGACGGAGAACUCUGAUACUUCAAUUGUUUGCUUGUUUUGUGACAGGUCACUGAAUUCCAUGGCAGCCACACUGCAACAUUGUUUGUCUGAACACUGUGUAAACAUUCCAGAAUUGGUGAAGAAAUUUAGGCUGGAUGAUUAUGGCUACAUAAAGAUGAUAAAUUACAUAAGAUCAGAGAAGUGUACUGCAGAAAAGUUAUUGCAGAGUUCAGAUAAUGGAGUCCUUCCUUGGGACAGCGACGAUUACAUGCGACCUGCUCUCCCAGACGAUCCAUUACUCCAGAUUGACCUGGAGGAGCUGUGUGGCGUAGAAGCGAUGGUGGUGGGCCAGUCUUGUGGUGGCCCUGCAGCAGACCUGUUGCGAAGAGCCCAGCAGGCGGAGGAGAGAGCUGUGCGCUCGGAGGAAGCACUGUCCAGAGCCAUGGAGGACCUGCACAAGCUCAAACUCCUGGCCCAGGGCUUGGUGUUGAACGCGGACACUAGCCGUAGCUCUUUGGCUGGCGGGUCCAUCGCCGAGCUGAGGGAGGAUGAGGACGAAGCCUACUUCAGCUCCUACGGCCACUACAGCAUCCAUGAAGAGAUGCUCAAGGACAAGGUGCGUACGGAGAGCUACAGGGACUUCAUGCACCUGAAUCAGGACGUCUUCAAGGACAAGGUGGUGCUGGACGUUGGCUGUGGCACCGGAAUCCUCUCCAUGUUCGCGGCAAGGGCGGGUGCCAAGAAGGUCAUUGGGGUUGACCAGUCCGAGAUCAUCUACCAAGCUAUGGACAUCGUAAGAUCCAACAACUUGGAUGAGACCAUCACUCUAAUUAAGGGCCGGAUAGAGGAGGUGACGCUGCCGGUGGAGAAGGUGGACAUAAUCAUCUCGGAGUGGAUGGGUUACUUCCUGCUGUUUGAGUCGAUGCUGGACUCGGUGCUGUGUGCGCGGGACAUGUACCUGGAAGAGGGAGGCUCCGUCUAUCCAGAUCUGUGCAACAUCAGUCUUGCUGCUGUGGGCGACACACAGAAACAUCAGGACCGCAUUGCAUUCUGGGACGAUGUGUAUGGCUUCCAGAUGGGCUGCAUGAAGAAGGCGGUGGUCCCAGAAGCCGUGGUGGAGGUGCUGAACCCCGAUACGCUCAUCUCAGAACCUGCAGUGAUCCAGACGAUUGACUGUAACAAAGUGUGCCUCUCUGAGCUGGAGUUCACGGCUGACUUCACCCUGAAGGUGACCAAAACCACGCAGUGCACAGCUGUUGUCGGCUACUUUGACAUUUUCUUCGACAGGAGCUGUGGAAACAAGGUCAUGUUUUCCACUGGACCACAGUGUCCCAAGACUCAUUGGAAACAGACGGUCUUCCUGAUCGAGAACCCCAUUCCAGUUCAGUCAGGUGAGGAUCUGCCUGGGAGGAUCACCGUUCGUAAGAACAGGAAAGACCCUCGCGCUCUCCUGGUCACCCUCCACAUCGCAGACAGGAAGCAAACCUACAGCCUUCAGUGAAGGUGGUGUCCAUUUUAAGCACUGGGUCACACAUCAGUUCCUUCACAGACAUUCUAGCGUCAAACAGAAUGCUUGCUUUUACAUGGCUAUGCCAUCUACAUUUCUUUGUGGCAGCCACCCAACUAUUAAAUGUAAGGCUGGCUCCAUUUAAAAUGGAGAAGUUAUGCAUGGAAGAUGGUUUCCAUUUCAUUAUGAAACGCCCCCUAUUCAUGACUGACAUGAGAUGAUGUUUGAACAAGGACUCAUACAUUUGUGUCUGUUGCUGUUGUGGAAAUAAAAUAAUUAACCUUUAA